UAAACAUGUAAUCAGCGACGGUUUAUAGCCGACGUCUCUACCGACGGUUUUUUUAAAAUCCAGCGUUGGCUUAAACGGUCGCUACAAUCAACGACCGUUUUAAACCGUCGGUGAUAAGUUUUUUUUUAUUUCAGAAAUUGAAGGGCUUGGGCGACGGCUCUAAACCGUCGGUAUAUUUAGUGAAGCCGUCGCUGAGGCUGACAACUUAAACCCACUAACAUCCAAACUCCCACUCAAAUUAUAGUCGUUACAAGUUUACAACCUCCCAGCAUUAUUCUCUCAAACAACCUCCCAAGUCCCACGCAUAAAACAACUGAACGCAUUAUUCUCUCAAGCCGUCGCCGGCGAAACUGCGACUAAACACCGGCGAACGGCGACUCGACACCGGCGACUCGACACCGGCGACUUCUCACGCACUCAGAAACUUCUUUCGCUAUCUUUCCCACGCACGCAUUCCAAAAAAAUCGCCGGCGGAUCUGCCUUGAAGUCCAUUCCGGCGAAUGGCGACUUGAGACCGGCGACAGAAAAAUCUUGCCGGCGGUAAUUCCUACAGCUCUAGCCUCUAUGUUUAUUUUUUUUUUUUAAUUUCUAUUACCCUAAAAAUUGAGUUUUUGGGAUUGAAGGGACCCUGCCGCAGUGCAGCCUCGUGAUUCACUCCGCCCUUCCGCCGCUACUGCGUAAUUCACCCCUUCCGCCGCUGACUUUGCCGCCUGCCGCCGUGACCACACUCAACUGUCUCCUUGCCGUCAGACAGUAUCGUCUCUCUACUGUGUCCUUGCCGUUGGACUGCCCGGCUGCCUCUAGAAUUAGGCACCAUGAAACGGAAGGAGCGUUGGUGGAUGUAUGAUAGAUAUGACAAUGGGCGUAACUUGAGGCCCGAGUUCUUGAGGGGGGUUGAUGAAUUCAUUGAAUUUUGCAAAGCAAAUCCUGAAAGCCCAGGUUUGGAUGAAGUUAGAUGCCCGUGUCCGAAAUGCAAGAACAGACGUAUGCAUGACGCAGACACGGUUAAAGUGCACGUGUAUAGAAAGGGAUUUAUACCUGAUUACUACGAUUGGUAUUCUCAUGGUGAAGAGUUACCUCGAUCCGCACAUGAGCCAUCUAAUCCAUACCGUGAAAUGAUUUUCGAUGCUCUUGGGAAUAACUCAGAACCGUCCAAUGUUGAAGAGCCUGGUGGAAUGGACGAGGAGCCUAAUCCUCAAGCAAAGGUGUUUCUUGACCUAUUAAAGGCUUCUGAGGAACCAUUGUACGAAGGGAGCUCCAUGUCCGUGUUGGAAAUGGCAUCUAGAAUAGUAUCUCUGAAAUGUGAGUAUAAUUUGCCACAUAGGUGUGUUGAUGCGUUUGCUUCAUUAGUGAAAGAAGCAAUACCUAACAACAACAACAUGAGUAACACAUUUUACGAUACGAAGAAGAUUUUGGAGGGAUUAGAGCUUCCCCACGAGAGGAUUCAUGCGUGCCCCAAAGGUUGUAUGUUAUUUUGGAGAACUGAUGCACACUUGGACAGAUGUACAGUGUGCGAUAGCGACAGAUACAAAAGGACUUCUAAGGGGUCUUUAGUUCCAAUGAAAGUUCUGAUUUAUUUCCCAAUUACACCGAGAUUGCAAAGGUUGUAUGCAACAAAAAAUGUUGCUGAAGAAAUGACAUGGCAUGCCAAAAAUCCGAGAGCGAAGAAAAAAUGGCUCACCCUAGCGAUAGUGAAGCUUGGAAGCAUUUGGAUAGAUCCUUUGACGAAUUUGCAUCUGAGCCUAGGAAUGUUCGGCUCGGUUUGUGUACCGAUGGGUUUGGUCCACAUGGAAAGUUUGGGGGUCAGUAUUCAUGUUGGCCGGUCAUCUUAA